AUGUCGGAGCGGCGAACGCGGUCCGGAGGGGCCGCCCAGCAGUCUGGGUCCAGGACUCCACUUACUAAGUCUUCGAAGAGGUCCCAGCGGAAAUCUGGCUCAGAUCUCCCGAACAUCUUUCCUGAAAGUUGGCCGAAGACACCUCAUGCGGCUCCAGCCAGAAAGGCCAUCGUCUUGAAGAAAAUCGUGGCUCAUACCGUAAAGGCCCCAGCUGUCCACACACUUCGAAGGAGCCCUAGGGUCUCUUUUAUCUUGGAAAAAGAAAACAGCCUUCCUCUCAAGGUACCCACUAAGGAGGACCUCUUCAAGACUUGUAGUGUUCCUGGUACCCCCACCAGCACCCCAGUGCUGUAUACCCAGAAUGCUGAUUCUAACUCUGUGGAAGGAGAGGACCUGGACACCAGAGCCUUGGAUAUGUCCCAGAAAGUCAGCCGAUCAUACAGUCGUCUGGAGAACCUCAGUUCUGCCUCAACCUCCACCCCUGGCCGCCGAUCCUUCUUUGGCUUUGAGGGACCUGAAGACUUGCCUGGAGUCUCACCUGUAGUGUGUUCAAAGUUAACUGAAAUCCCAAAAGUACCUGCAAAGCCCUGGGUUCCAGACACGAUGCUUCCUAGAAUCUCCCCUCCAGUCGUGAAAGAGAAGCGAAAGAAGGUGCCAGAGAUCCUGAAAUCGGAGCUGGAUGAGUGGGCUAUGGCCAUGAAUUCUGAGUUUGAAGCUGCUGAACAAUUUGAUCUUCUGGUUGAAUGAGAUAAAGUGGGGGUAUACCUGGCCAGGCUCUCCCCUCUCCUUGUACAUGUUGCCCUUUGAGUAGAGCAGUACUUUUAGGGUCCUCUUCAUUGGCCUUGUUACCCAGAAAAUGUGUUGCUGGCCCCUUGUCAUAUUGUGACUAGUUACCCUGGGCUUUCUGCAGCACUCCCCAGUGUUGGGGAGGAGAAGGCACCUUGGCUCUGAGCCGCACUCAGAAACAGGCUCAGCUCUGGCUGUUCCUCUGCUGUUGCCGGCUUGGAGUCUAGCCACCAACCAAUCAAGAGGUUCUCUAGAGUCUGAUAGGGAGCUCACAAGCUGGGG